AUGUCCUUCAACGCCAGUACCUCGGGGGUAGAUCCUCGAUAUGAUAUCCCUGUUGCGGGUCUGGGUACCCCUGCGUUUUACAUUAUCCAUUCUCUAGCGUUAACGUGUAUCCUUAGCAGCCUGUUUUCGGCGGUUUCUGUAAUUUUUGUAUCCUUUCGAACGAAGUCUACGAAAACUUUCUUUAAAUCGUGGUCAAAAUGCGAGCGCUUUGUGGUAUAUCUUGCUCUGUGUGACGGCCUGUUUAACAUGGCGCACUUCAUGGAUCAUUUUCACAUGGCGGUUGUCAAAGACCAUGUCCAUCCGAUAGAAUUAUGUGAAUACUAUGGUUUUAUAGUUUUCAUGUUUAUUUCUGCUCAGAUGUUGCUUGUGUCACUGAUUGCUAUCAAUGCGUUUGUGUUGAUGAAAUUUGGUAAAAACUUAGACCUCGGCAAAUAUGAUUGGAAAUUGCUACUGCUAACAUUCGGAUUUCCCUUUGUUGAGUGCCUCAUCGUCACUGUCGUGGGCAAAAUUGGACCGACGGGAGCAUACUGCGGAGUAACGGGCAGAAUUCCGACGCUCUUUCUGACGACAGUUCCGGUGUUACUCAUUAUCAUACUGAACUCCGUCAUCUACACUCUCACUUGGUCAAAGAUACGGGCCGAAACAAAAAGACUGGAAGGCACUAUUGGAGAAAAGGCAAACUCGGAUAGAAAAUCCACACAGGCUGCUAAAACCAUGUCUUUGUUUGUAUUGGUGUUUUUCAUCCAGUGGUGGGCGUUAGCGGUGUUCGGAAUCUGGGUCAUGAUCACCGAGAAUGUCCCUUUGGCAAUGUUUCUGCUUGUUACUUCAUUUUCAAACAUCGGCGGAAUUUUGAAUGGAAUUGUCUUCUUGAUCAUGCGCCGAAACAAGGCUCGUAAAUCUGCACCCAAGCCGACUGUCGUUUGCGUUUCGAAGUCAAACAUCGGGGCUACUGAAGUAAAGUAACUAUUUGCUAUUGGUAUACCGCCUGCAAUGUCACGAGGGUUGUAUUGUGAUGUAAUGUGCUUUGGAAGAUAUAUUCAAAGCAUUCGACUAAAAUAGUGACAUGAACAUUACUUCCCGUCAAAGUAUUCUCCGCGGUUUAAAAUACAUAUUUUCAAUUUUUGAAUCCAUUUCUGAAAAGCGUUACUGUACACUGAUUUAAGUAGAUCUCAGAGGCACUGACUGAUGGCGAAGCAAGGGCUUAUCAAGGACUUGUAACGACGACCAGAUAAGAAAUUUUUAAGUUUGAAAAAGGAGAAUCGGAUGGGACUAGAUCUGGAGAGUAUGGUGGGUGUGACAAGACGGUAACCUCCUUCGACUUCAAAAAUUGUUUUACAAGCUCAGAUAAAUGUGAUGGAGCAUUAGAAUGAUGUAGACGGACAUGCCUAAAUUCUGACACAGGCGUCGAUAAUACAUGUAAUAUUGUUUCUUUAUUUUAAAAUUUUUCAUUUUUUAUAUAACAUCCCUGUAAUACCGAGAAGA